CCCAGCGAUUUCAAAUCUUCCCCCUGAGCUCCGUCGGCGAUACUCUCUCCGGUGCCGUCGUCUUCUUCCCGUUGCACAUUUACCAUUUUGCCAUGUCUGCACCUGCUAAAAAGAGUUCUACAGAAGCUCAGGAGAAAGAUCUAAUGCUCGACAAAGACAUGGAAAAGGAUACAUGGAACUUCAAGUCUAUCACAGAUGAUGACCCAAUGGAUUUUGGCUUUGAGUCACCAGCAAAUAAGAAGAAAAAUGCCUUCAAGCUGGAUAUGGGUUUUGAUCUGGAUGGAGAUUUUGGAAAUUUUAAAAUGGACAUGCCAGACUUUGAUUUCUCAAGCCCAGCCAAGAAAACCACAAAAACGAAAGAAAGCUCUGAUGAUAAAUCCAAUGGAAAUUUAAAACAGAAAAAGAAUCUGUUUGCCUUCUCUUAUGAUUUUGAUGGGUUAGACGACUUUGAUCUUGAUUCAAGCCCACCGAAGAAGGAAGGCAAGAAAACGACCAAGGACUUGAAUUGCGAAAAAAAAUUAGCUAGAAGUAAUAGUGGCAAGUCAGAAUCUUUGGACUUUGGUCCAGACUUGCCGAUAACUAAACAAGCUGCCUCCAUGGCAAAUACAGAUGUCAAGGCAAAAGCUUCAGCUGAAAAAGAGAAUCAAAAUUCCAAGAUUACAGAUGCUAUGGUUGUUGAUAGUAGCACACCCUUAAAGCAAGCUACACUAGAGAGCAUGGCAAAUUCUGAGGAGGUGGAAUCACCCCAAGGUGCAAGGAUAAAAACUUCACGAACUCAUACAAUGAGUCUGCAACAUCGAUCCAUCAACACUUCACCAUUGAAGACAUCGCGUCCAGUGGUUGAAGAAACAGAUGAACCAUGCCCGUCAAAGGAGACCUCAGCACCGUCGCCAAUGCAUGAUGCUUCCGAGACUGCACAUACUGCAGUAAACAGAGAAACCAAUCCAGAUAUCCAUGAAAUCUGCAGGUCUGACACAAAAGAAGACUGUCCCAGAGAUCCAGAACAGAAUGCCAACUAUAAAAUGGUUUCCACCAUGGACUCAAGUUAUGAGAAGACUGAACAGACUGAACCAAACAUCUCAUCUCAGCAAUGUUCGGACAAGAUAGAACCUCAACAGGAAGAAAUGAAUACAGACACUCAGGCAAAAAUGCAGGAUGACACUAGAAGAACGUCACGUGAUCCAGAUGCUGGACAUUCUCAAACAAAUCUCUCAGGAAGGAUAUCACCAGGCACUCGUCUAAGCCAAACUGCCCAGGUACGAGAUUCGAGCUCAAAGCUACCGCUGGAUCUAUCCCACAGCGUGCCUGGGCUCAAUGAUUUAAAGGCCAUGCAAAACAAAGACUCCGGACUUAUCAGAUCCAAAUUUUUUAAGAAGACAGAAAAACCACAGCCCCAUGUGCUGGAGUCCUCUCGAAUUCAAAUAGAUAGCCGGCCAGUGACCCGAGAAAGGAUUGCGUUGAAUGUGAACCUUACAAAUGAUAGAAGACCUGAGAUCAAAGAUGCGUUACCUGUAUCCAAAACUAGAACAUUUCCGACUGAGCUUGUCAAAACGGGUCCCGAAACAGGAAAUGACAAUACUAGCAGCAGCCCUCAUGAAAAGAUAACCCACAAGGACCAUUCAAAUGCCAAGACUGUAGAAAAUGUGGCUGGACAGUUGGAUCAUUUAAAGCUGCAAGCUAAAAAUACAACUAGGGAGAAGUCGAUCUUGCAGAUGAAUAUAAGCUCAAAACUCGAUGCUUCUAGCUUAACUCAGAAGCUAAGUAAACAUUUGAGUUCUGGAGCCGAAUCUUCGCAGAAGUCCAAGCUUGUAUCUCUUGAAAGGCCUAAACUUGGAAAUAUCAUGUCUGAUCUGCGUGCAGUGAGGACCACUGGAGCAAGUAAAGACCAACCCAGUUCUGCAGUGCAACCACAAAUCAGCUCUGUAAUAAGCAAGGAGAUAAAUACCGAACCGCCAGUUAAAAAAGGCUCUGUGAUUCAUCAUUUGGCUCCUAGAGACAGAACACAACUCCUGCACUGCCCAUCUUCUUUAAAGCGAAAAGCUGUUGAUCAGGAUGUAGAUAGAUCACUGAAGCCACAACUUAAACGCUUCUCCAUGUCUCCAAGAGAAAACAGGAAUGUUGAGGAGCUCACACAUAGAGUUGCGCAUGGAAAGUUAGAUAAUAAUACAAUCAAGGAGCCUGUCAAGGAAAGUCCACGGGCUACGUCUCAUCACCAGUUCAUAAACAUGGCAAAUCUGGAAAUCCCGGUCACGGAGAAUGCUGACAACAUAGAGAAAGCUGAAGCAUAUACAAAAGAACUCGACAAUAUCUGCAACAUUCUGAAGAAGAAACAUGAGGAAGCGAAAGAGUUACUUGUUCGUGCUGUAGUGACAUCGUCCAGAUCGACCCAGUGGACUUACAUUAACACGUUGUUGUCAAAGGUCCAGAAAUGUUGACAUUACAUAAUUAGUCCAAGGUACUUCGUUCGUCUUUCCCAUUUUGCUGGUCAAUAAAGAACAAAAACAUAAAAUUUGGAACAUAUUAAACUUUGAUGCUAAACUGAUGAAGAAUUGUGCGUUUAUCUAUUUUAAAAGGAACCAAUUCGUUCUCUCGAACAACUCUAACUGUGAUAUGGAAAAGUUAGAUAGAAAAUACAAUAUGCAAAAAGUUGUGAGAAGAACAAAAAAAGUAAUCAGUGCCACCAUAUUAUAUAACUGAAGAAAGAAAGAAAUCAUGGUCCAGAUGAAUUAGAACCGGUUCAAAUCGGUUUUGUAAAAUAUGUUUUGUUUCAAACAUGUAAAAAGGAAGGCCAAGAUAUAGCCCAUUAAUAUUGGUCUUGUUGGGCCCAAAUUGGUAAAUGAUUUUCUAUUUAAAAAAAAAAAACAAAAUCCGGUACUUCCCCUCCCUCUUCUUGGCGCACAUCCUAACUCAAAUGGCGCGUAAAAAUCCUACCUUCUCUGGUACAAUGAAAUUAUGAAAUAAUAUGAGAUUUUGUAAAAGUCAAAAGUCAAUACUUCUUUAGUUCUUUUAGUAAAAACAAAACCAAAAACAGAAACAGAGAAUCUUCGUAGUUUUUCCUCCACGAGUUCCCUCCAUAACACAGAGCCCUUUUUCAAAAAUUUAGAACCAUUUCUCAAAACUAAAAAAGAAUCCCUCCACAAAAAUGAAAUACACAAAAACUUCAAAACAAAUCUCAGAUCCAUCACUUCCAAUUCUGGUUUAUAGUUCCCUCCUAUUCACACCCACUUCAUAGACAAUCUCUUCAGAUCCUUCUAUCCUCAAUUCAAUCGCUCUCUUCCUCUAUUCAUAUACAUCUCCUCAGUUUCUCUCUCGAGUUCUACAUCAAUGGCUUCUUUCGAUUUAAUUCUUGAAAACGACAACAAAGAGAAUGUCUCACCUUCAAACAUGGCCACCAUUUCUACUAAGCCUAUAGAUUGUUCAUCCAUUGAUAAAGACAAAACCCAAUUCAGAUUCAGAAUAAAAAAAUAUAGAAGACAGCCUCUUCAAGACAUCACCAAUCUCUUUGUCUCAUCACCACCGUUGUCUUCUUCGUUUCUGAUUCGUCACUCUUCGUCCUCUUCGCCAUCUCUAUCAGUUGAUCCCAAGUCCAUGAAGAGAAGAUCUGGUGUUGGUCUCAAGGCUGCUGCUACUACUUCUUCUGCCUUCUCUUGUAGAAAUUUCAGAUGAAUUUUCUUAUCUUGUUUUGGAAUUUGUUUCUAUCAUCUAUAGAUGGGUUCCUUCCCAUUUUUGACUUUUGUAUCACCUUUUUGGUUAUGGGUAUUUAUCAAUACCCUGCCAUUAGCAUUCAUGUACCCACAAACAUACAAG